AUGUCAGUAAAAAGAAAAUCUAAUAUUGACGAUAGUAGUGAGAAGUGUGUUAUUAUUGCGGAUAGUGAUUCGGUAGAUCCUUCUGAUAAUGAUAGUGAUGGUAGCGAUAUUGUGCUUCCUGUACGAAAAUGUCCAAGAAAAUUAAUCAUUGAAGAUGACACCGAUGAUGAAGACAGUAUCAAUCAUCAAUUAUCGAAGCAAUGGAUUUGGAAAGAAGAAAGUAACAAGCCAAAAAUCUGGGAGUAUAUGCAGACGCCUGGCAUCGGAGUAGCAAUUUUAGAUCAAUUAGGUAGAAGUAAAAGAGAGUUAGACUUUUUGUAUAUAAUGUUUGACAAUGUGUUUUGGGAUAAUAUUGUCACGGAAACGAAUCGGUACGCAGAACAAACAAUAAUCGAUGAAAAUAAAAAAAAGAAAAUUGAUGAGACUUGGAUUCCUGUAAAUAGUAAUGAAAUUAAAAUAUACUUUGCAUUAUGCAUAAUAAUGGUUCAAGUAAAAAAACCAAAAAUUCAGAUGAAUUGGUCUAAAAGAGCCAUUAUAGAAACACCGAUAUUCAGGAAAACUAUGCCACUGAAAAGAUUUUUGCAAAUCACUAGGUUUUUCCAUUUUGCAAAUAACGAUAUGACUGACAAGAUGGAUAAAUUACGUGAAGUCACACCUGUGAUAAACUGUUUUAAUAAAAAAUUCAAAGAAGUAUAUGUAAUGGAAGAGAACAUCGCGAUCGAUGAAUCGUUAAUGAAAUUUAAGGGACGCAUGUCUUAUAGACAAUUUAAUCCCUCGAAGAGGGCGAGAUUUGGGAUAAAAUUUUAUAAACUGUGCGAGUCAGCAUCGGGCUAUUGCUAUAAUUUUAAAAUAUAUUCAAGAAAAGAUAAAACAGAUCUUGAUUACAGUGCAUCUGAAACUGUUGUGAUGGAGUUAUCAAAGUCAAUACUAAAUAAAGGACGUACUUUGUAUAUAGAUAAUUGGUAUUCUUCGCCGAAACUGUUUUUAACUUUAGUUGAAAAUGGAACAAAUGUUGGGACAGUACGUUUUAAUAGAAAAAACAUGCCGGGAGAUUUUGUUAAAGCAAAAUUAAAAAAAGGGGAAUGCAGAAUAAGAAGCUGCAAUGGCAUAUUAGCGUUGAAGUGGAAGGAUAAACAAGACGUCCAUAUUCUUUCUACAAAACACGAAAGUGUAGAAAUGACUGAACAAAACGGAAGUCAACUAACCCCUACUUUCAAGCCAAAAUGUAUUGUUGAUUACAACAGGGGAAUGAUUGGUAUUGAUCGCAAAGAUCAGAUAUUAGCGGGUUUCCCUGUUAUGAGGAAAUACUUGAAAGGAUACCGAAAAAUCUUUUCUCACAUAUUUGAUAUGGCACUUUUUAAUUCAUAUAUUCUGUACAACAAAAACAAUAUGGAAAAGAAACGGAAUUACACCGAGUACAGACUUCAAACAGCCGAAGCAUUAUUACAAAACGUGCCGUCACAAGAUUAUAAAAGACGAGGACCAUUAUCGCGAACGGAGAUAUACCAAUGA